AUGGACUUUUGGCUAACCUCUUUGCUCCUAAGUGGGGUUCUACCAAUCAUAUGGGGACUGCCUGUUCAACUACCACUGGAAAUCACUGAAGACAAUGAAAUUGAUCAAGAUAUCUUUGAUAUCAAUGAAGCUUUAGGUCUGGAUCCGUUUGAAGGUGACAUCAAACGUGACACUGAGAGCCAUUACCGAAAUGCACAAAUUGGCAAGCAGUAUCGAUGGCCUCUCCCCAUUCCAUACGUCCUUGAAGAUAACCUUGAUAUUAAUGCAAAAGGUCUUAUCCUCAAAGCAUUUGAACAAUUUCGUCUGAAAAGCUGUAUUGAUUUCAAGCCUUGGGAAGGUGAAGCAAACUACAUUUCGGUAUUCAGUGGAACUGGCUGCUGGUCAUAUGUAGGAAACUGGCAAACAGAGGGGCAAAAACUCUCCAUUGGAAGAACAUGUGACCAGAUUAAGAAAAUUGAACAUGAAUUUCUUCAUGCACUAGGAUUUUGGCAUGAGCACUCAUGACCUGAUCGGGAUGACUAUGUAACAAUUAUGUUAGACAGAGUUAAAGAUGGUCGUGAACACAAUUUCAAGAAAUAUGAUGAUAAGAUAACAGAUUCUCUGAAUGUCCCUUAUGACUAUGCCUCUAUAAUGCACUAUCAUAAAACUGCCUUCGGGAAGGGUACAGAGCCAACCAUAAUAACCAACAUACCAUCCUUCAUGAAUGUGAUUGGGCAGGAAAUGGAUUUCAGUAAAUCUGACAUUAAAAAAUUGAAUCGAUUGUACAACUGCUCUUCCUCCAUAAGUUUUCUCGACACCUGCAGUUUUGAAACUGACAGUGUGUGUGGUAUGAUUCAAAGAACAGCAGAUAAUGCUGAUUGGCAGCGCAGAACCCAGAUUUCUAGCGGACCACGAACUGAUCACACUUAUGGUAGAAGCUGCCAAGAAACUGGCUACUUCAUGCAUUUUGACACCAGUGCUGGAAGAGUGAGGGACAAAGCUAUUUUAGAAAGCCGAUAUUUCUAUCCCAAGAGAAGGUUCCCGUGUCUGGAGUUCUAUUAUUACAACAGUGGAAGUGAAAGUGAUCAACUGAACAUUUUAGAAGAAUACGCUGAAGCAAAUCCUAAUGGCAUUUUAAGACUUGUGAAAACCAUUCAAGAUUCACCUGUGCACUACUGGGAGCUAUAUCACGUUCCUUUGGAAAUGAAAAAUAAAUUCCGAGUGGUAUCUGAAGGCAUAAAAGGAUCCAGUACGUCCAAUGGUGGUCUUUCUAUCGAUGAUAUCAGUCUGUCUGAAACCCAGUGCCCUCACCAUGUACGGCAUAUCAGAAAUUUCACUGACCUCCUUAUUUCAACUUCUGCAGACAAGCCUUUAUAUAGUCUUCCAUUUUACUCUCCUAAAGGGUAUGCAUUUCAGAUUGCCUUGUAUGUGAAAGGUGCCACUGAUCCAUCUAGUAUGGCAAUAUAUGUCGGCCUGAUAAGGGGUGCAAAUGAUGAACAUCUUCAGUGGCCUUGUCCAUGGCAACAAGUUACAAUGGUUCUCCUCGAUCAACACAGGGACAUUUGUCAACGCAUGUCAAAGCAAAAGAGCCUAACAAUUGACCCACAAAUGUUAGGAUCUUCCAGUGCUUAUAUUUGGGACAGACCAGAUAAAGUAGGAAUUUCAGAACAGUUUCCUAACGGCACUAAGUACAAGAGAGGUCAUAGACGCGGAACAGCUUCUUUUAUAACACACAAAAGGCUUAGAAGUCAUGAGUUUAUUAAAGACGAUGGCACUUUCAUUCUUACAACAGUGGACGAUAUAUCACAUUUAAUAUCAACUAAGUCAAAGGUCACAACCACCAAUAAUGCUUCAGCUAUAAAAAGAGUGACCACAAGAGUAGCUGAUAUGUAUACAAAUUAUAUCUGUGGAAAUAAAAGAAAAUGCAUUGUGGUUAAGGAUAAGCCAGUUUCCAGGCAUUCAGUUCAAAUUAAAUUGUUGCUGUUUUUUGCAGAUUGGUGGUACACAGGUGAAAAAUGUGAAAAGAAAGGAUCUGCUCAGGAUGAUGUUGCUAGAGCUAUUAUUCAAUAUCAUCUAUUUGCCAUCAUGUUGAUCAUCACCAUUAUAACUACCAAUUGUAUUAGGAAGAAAUAUUGUAAACAGCUGAAAGCUAAUAUAUACCAGAAUUAAA